AUGGUUACUCUUCCAAAGAAUAAAAGAAUUGUGGGUUGUAGAUGGGUGUAUACUGUAAAGUAUAACUCAGAUGGAUCUUUGGAGAGGUACAAGGCCAAACUUGUAGCCAAAGGUUAUACUCAGCCCUAUGACAUUGACUAUGUGGAGACAUUUGCUCUACUGGCGAAACUUGACACAGUAAAGAUACUUAUUGCCUUGGCAAUAAAUCUUGAAUUGGAGCUGAAUCAAUAUGAUGUAAAAAAUGCAUUUCUCCAUGGAGAGAUUAAAGAAGAAAUAUACAUGGAACCACCUCCUUAUUACUAUUCAACUCUUCUAGAUAUGAAAGUUUGUAAGCUAAGAAAGGCGUUAUAUGGAUUGAAACAGUCACCUCGAACAUGGUUUGGAAGAUUUUCUUAGGCAAUGGAGAAUCUGAGAUAUAAUCAUAGAAAUCGAGACCAUACUUUGUUUCUUAAACACUCUAGAUCAAGAGGAGUAACUCUCCUUCUGGUGUAUGUCGAUGAUAUCAUCAUCUCUGAAAAUGAUAAGGAUGAGUUGAAGGCUCUGAGUCAACAGUUAUCCAAUCAAUUUGAAAUCAAAUCUCUAGAAAAACUCAAAUAUUUCUUACAGAUUAAAGCUGCCUAUUCUGAGAAGGGAAUCUUCUUUUCACAACAAAAAUAUGUUCUGGAUCUAUUGAAGGAGACAUGGAAGAUUGAGUGCAAGCCUAUUAACACACCAAUAGACCCGAAUUCUACAUUGGGGUAUUGCCAUAAUUAUAGUCCAGUGGAUAAGAGAUAAUAUCAGAGGUUGGUUGGUCAAUUUAUUUAUCUACAUCAUACUCGACCAGACAUUGCAUUUGCUGUGGGCAUUAUCAGUCAAUUCAUACAUGAUCCGAGAGAACCCCAUCUACAAGCUGUUCAUAAGAUUCUAUCCUAUUUGAAGGGCACUACUGGACAAGGCAUACUUUUUCAAAAAGCUUAG